AUGAAGUCGCAUGUGCAAGAGUCCCUUGCUUUGUUCACAACAAGACUUUUAUCAAACAGUUGUAGUCGUUACCAUUGUUCCUCUUGUUCGUCUGACCAGAAUGGUUCUGGGUUUGUCUCUAUUAAGCCCGAGGAUGAUGCUGGAAUCGUUCAUCAAGAAUUUCAGAAAUGGAAUAAUGGAGGUGGUACUUUCCACAAGUCAGCUUGCGUUGAUCCAACAGUUCACAUAGAAUUUGGCGCAGUAGUCCAUUCAGAAUCUGUGCUGGGUGCAAAUGUUCAUGUUGGAUCAGGAGCUAUAAUUGGACCUGCUGUCACAAUUGGUCAAUCAACGAGAAUAGGGUACAAUGUUGUGCUUAGUAAUUGCACAAUUGGUGAUUCAUGCGUAUUCCACAAUGGGGUGUGCAUAGGUCAAGAUGGAUUUGGGUUUUUUGUGGAUGAAUGUGGAGACAUGGUGAAGAAGCCUCAGAUCUUGAAAGCAAGGGUAGGGAAUCAUGUGGAGAUAGGUGCAAAUACAUGCAUGGACAGGGGCAGUUGGAGAGAUACUGUAGUUGGGGAUUAUACGAAAAUAGAUAAUCUAGUUCAGAUAGGUCACAAUGUAGUGAUUGGGAAGAGUUGUAUGCUCUGUGGACAAGUUGGGAUUGCAGGUUCAGUGACGAUAGGUGACUAUGUGACUUUAGGCGGAAGAGUGGCAGUUCGUGAUCAUGUCUCCAUUGUAUCAAAGGUCCGACUAGCAGCUAACAGUAGUGUCACGAAGGACAUCAGUGAACCUGGGGAUUAUGGUGGCUUUCCUGCUGUUCCAAUUCGGGAAUGGCGAAGACAAGUUGCUACUCACCGCAGGGCAUUGAAAUAAGAAACUCCUUUGUAUUUUAGAAAGAUAAAGUCAGCUGUACAAUUUGUUUAUUCUGGUAUUCUGAGGUUCUAGGUUGGGUCCCACUGCACUGAAGAAGGCAAGAAGUUGAUUGAAUUAAAGUUUAUGCAUCUGUAGACCAUUAAGCAGUGUAACAUGCUUAUUCAGUUACUGGGCCAGAUAUUUCCUCUUAUUGUUUGAUGCACCUAGGGAAUGCAUAUCAACUUAUCAGCAUUUUGUUUGCCAAUCUUCAUGUAGUCUCUGUUCUAUAGAAGUGUUUGCCUGCAAUAUUUAUGAGACCCCUCAGGAUAUGGUCUAUU